AUGACGCUUCCUCCCACUGGUGUUUACACCCCACUCCCAACUUUCUUCAAAGCUGAUGAUGAUUAUUCCCUUGAUAUCGAUACUCAACUCAAACAUGCUGAUUACAUCCAUCAAGCUGGUGUUUCGGGGGUGCUUAUUGGUGGCUCCAAUGGUGAAGCUGUGAAUCUCACUAAGAAAGAAAGACAUUCCAUUGUCAAAGCUGUUAGAGAACGAGUUGAUGACUCCUUUGUCAUUCUCGCUGGUACUGUAGGGCAAUCCAUUAGUGAUGUUGUAACUGAUAUUUCGGAAUUGAAGGCAUUGGGUGCAAAUUAUGCGGUGAUUUUAGUACCAGGGUAUUUUGCCAAUUUGACCAACCAACAGGGUCUUAUUGACUGGUUCACUGCCAUCGCUGAUAAAUCACUACUUCCUAUCAUUAUCUAUAACUAUCCUGGAGUUCAAAAUGGUAUAGAUUUAACCUUUGAUAGUUAUAUCACAUUAUCUCAACAUCCUAACAUUGUUGGCUGCAAACUUACCCAUUACAAUUUCCCUCUUUAUACCCUUCUUGGACAAUCGCAACAGUUGAAGGAUAACAACUUCAGGGUAUUAGCUGGUGUAGGUCAAGUAUUUCUUCCUGGACUCUCAGUUGGGGUCGAAGGAUGUAUCGAUGGAUUAUCAAAUGUGUUCCCUAAAUGUAUGGUCCAAAUUUGGAACUUAUACUCCCAAGGAAAGCUUGAAGAAGCUCAAAAAUUACAAGCUUUGGUCACUAAGGUCAAUGAAAUGACAGCCGUUUUGAACCUUUUAGGAUUGAAAUAUGCCAUCAAACAUAUCUUAGGUGUUGGGGAAGUUCAUGGUAGACCACCUUUGAACCAACCUAUUGAUUUAAAAGUUUGGGAGAAAUAUUUGCCUGAUUUUAAUGAACUUUGGGCCAUAGAGAAGUCUUUGUAG